AUGAGCUUCCCAGGAACUAAUAUCCCCAACCGACAAUCUAUCUUUAGGAUGCAUGGUGCAGGUCCCGAGUUUUAUAAUGACCCUACAACCGACAACAUCAAUUGGGUGACUGUGGAACUUCCCUCUAGCCUGAAUGACACCCAUACUGAUCAAUUGAUCCUAGAGUAUGUGAUUCUCGAGAUUCAGAGUGGGCACGCUACCAUUCAUCGAGUGGCACAGCAUGCGUUUAGGUAUGAGUGUAUCUCGUUCCCGUUAGAUGAUCUUCCGGAUUCGUAUUCCCCGGAGGAAGCCAGGGCUGAAAUUAUGACCCAAGCUGAGAUGCUCGCGACAUACUGGCUGAUGCAAGUGAAUACUGGUAAGGCUUCUCUUGACCGAGCACGCAUCUUUUGUAUUGGAUUUAUGGAUCCGCAUUAUGGCGAGGAGACCGAGGAAACUGAGGACUAG